AAACUCAGCAGGUAUAAAAAGGUAACAUGUGAGUUUCUUUUUCUACAUAGCCUUUCACACUGUGUCAGAGCCUGUGUGUCUGAGAGAUAGAAGCAGAAUGGAGAAGUCCAGGAAAAAAUUUACUGAUCUUGUAGAUAAGGCAACAGCAGAAGCCAGUUCAAUGCGUCGUGAAGAACUGCUGUUUUCUUACAAUGGAAUUCUCUACCCUGUCACUUUUUGUAGUCCUGAAACAUUCAGAGCCUUGGAGUCCUUUGAAGCCAGAAGUGAUGAUAUCAUUUUGGCAGGAUACCCUAAAUCUGGCACAAACUGGCUAACUCAAAUCUUAACUGACCUGGUAACCGUAUCUCAAAAGAAAACACAGGAUAGAGAAGGCAUUGCGAAUUAUGAACUAGAAGAAUUCCCCUACCUUGAAGUUGGAGAUGCUGAGAAAUAUGAGAGAAUGACCAAAUUACCUUCUCCAAGAUUUAUGGUUACUCAUCUCCGUCCUGAAAACCUUCCCAAGUCUAUCUUCAAAAAUAAAGUCAAGAUAUUGUUACUGAUUCGUAACCCAAAGGAUGUAGCAACAUCUUAUUACCAUUUUUCCAAUGGCCUGGCUAGUGCUCCCUCCUACGAGACCUGGGAUGAUUUUUUCACAGAUUUCAUGUCAAAGAAAGUGGCCUGGGGAUGCUACUUUGAAUACCUUUCCCAAUGGAACAAAUAUGCUGAUGAAGAAAAUAUUAUGACAAUAACUUAUGAAGAGCUAAAAGAGAAUCGUCUCCUGGGUGUGAAAAAGAUAGCUGCUUUCUUAGAGAUUUCACUGACUGAGGAAGAGCUUCAGCUUGUGGUAGAGAGGAGCAGCUUUCAGGCAAUGAAGAAGAACUCUCAGAAGACCCAUGGGGCAAUCGGCGACAUUCUCUUUCGCAAAGGUAGGAAACUGCAAGUGGUUCAGAGGUAG